AUCUAACCACAUCACAUCAUCAAUCAUGAGCCUCUUUGGCUCCAAGAAGAACCGCUCCCUGUCCGUGCGGGUGAGCACCUUCGACUCGGAGCUGGAGUUCAAGCUGGAGCCGCGUGCCUCUGGCCAGGAUCUCUUCGAUCUGGUCUGCCGAACGAUCGGACUGCGCGAGUCCUGGUACUUUGGACUGCAGUACGUCGACACGCGCAGCAAUGUCUCCUGGCUGAAGAUGGAGAAGCGGGUGCGCGAUCAGCGGGUGGAGCUGCAUGCCGGCAAUAACAAUGUGUAUGUGUUCAGCUUCUAUGCGAAAUUCUUUCCCGAGAAUGUCAGCGAGGAGCUGAUCCAGGAGAUCACCCAGCACCUGUUCUUCCUGCAGGUCAAGCAGAGCAUUCUCUCCAUGGACAUCUACUGCAGGCCAGAGGCCUCCGUUCUGCUGGCCUCCUAUGCUGUGCAUGUGCAGUACGGGCCGUAUGACUAUGAGACCUACAAGGAUGGCAUGCUGGCCGGCGGCGAACUGCUGCCGAAGGGAGUGACGGAUCAGUACCAAAUGACGCCCGAGAUGUGGGAGGAGCGCAUCAAGACCUGGUACAUGGACCACGAGCCCAUGACGCGCGACGAGGUGGAGAUGGAGUACCUGAAGAUCGCCCAGGACCUGGACAUGUACGGAGUGAACUACUUUCCUAUUACAAAUAAGAACAAAACCAAAUUGUGGCUGGGCGUCACCUCGGUGGGCCUGAACAUCUACGAUGAGCGCGACAAGCUAACGCCAAAGACCACGUUCCAGUGGAACGAGAUACGGCACGUGAGCUUCGACGACAAGAAGUUCACCAUUCGCCUGGUGGACGCCAAGGUCUCGAACUUUAUCUUCUACUCGCAGGACCUGCACAUCAACAAGAUGAUUCUCGACCUCUGCAAGGGCAACCACGACCUGUACAUGCGGCGCCGCAAGCCAGACACCAUGGAGAUCCAGCAGAUGAAGGCCCAGGCCAAGGAGGAGAAGCAGCGGCGCCAGAUCGAGCGCAAGAAGUUCAUCAGGGAGAAGAAGCUGCGCGAGAAGGCCGAGCACGAGCGCUACGAGCUGGAGAAGAGCAUGGAGCAUCUGCAGAACGAGAUGCGCAUGGCCAGCGAUGCGCUGCGCCGCUCCGAGGAGACCAAGGAGCUGUACUUCGAGAAGAGCCGCGUCAACGAGGAGCAGAUGCAGCUGACCGAGUGCAAGGCGAACCACUUCAAGACCGAGAUGGACCGCCUGCGCGAGCGCCAGAUGAAGAUCGAGCGGGAGAAGCACGAGCUGGAGAAGAAGAUACGCGACGCGGACUUCUAUGUCCACCAGCUGACGGUGGAGAACGACAAGCGGGAGGCGGAGACGGAGAAGCUGCGCAAGGAGCUUAUUUGCGCCAAAAUGGCGGAGCGAGAGGCGACCGCCAGGCUGCUAAAUUUCCUGAAUAGCGGGCGAAAGUCUUCGACGGACAGUUUGCUUACAGCCGCCUCCAGUGUGUCGCAUGUGGCCAAUACGGCGGCCAUCAGCACGCCCUCGCUGCUGACCACCAGCAGCUCCACGAACGACAUAGAGACCGCCGGCGGCGCCGAGCUGACCGGCAACUAUCUCGCCCAGGGCGACAACUCCAGCGGCAUCUCCGACGACUUUGAGCCCAAGGAGUUCAUACUCACCGACAACGAGAUGGAGCAGAUCACCAACGAGAUGGAGCGCAACCAUCUCGAGUAUCUGCGCAGCUCCAAGAAGCAGGUGCAGAACCAGCUGCAGGUCCUCCGCUCCGAGAUAGCGCCGCACAAGAUCGAGGAGAACCAGAGCAGCUUCGACAUACUCAGCGAGGCGCAGAUCAAGGCGGGCGAGAACAAGUACUCCACGCUCAAGAAGCUCAAGUCGGGAUCGACGAAGGCGCGGGUGGCCUUCUUCGAGGAGCUCUGACCACCGGGAUUCACUAGAUGUACGAUAGUUGUACCAUACCUAUGCUAUACUAAAUGUUUUUCGAUUGUUUACUCAAGCCGCUGCUGUAAUAAACCAAUUGCAAGGCCUCU